AUGAUACAUGUGAAAAAUGAACCCGUCGAUACCGAUACCAACUCACAACAUGAAAAUUCUAUUUCAAAAAUUAUCAUUAAGCGAUCACGGAAAUCUUUAAAACCAUCAAAAAAUUUGACAGAAUUAAUUUAUGAACGUAAAGGGCUUACACCACCAGAAAACGUCAAGCCCAUAACUAUUUUAACAUCUUCGUCGUCUGUUGUUGUUGAUCAACUACAAGAAGUAGAUUUGUAUAAAACUCUAGAUAAUUAUGAUCGAAUAUCAUUUGAGCAAAAAAUAAUUCAACAAUCUUUACUUCAUAUAAAGUCAAAAACAAAAAAUCUUAAGGCUUCGAAAUAUUACACGGAAACACCACUUAUUAAUGAUGAUUCAACGAACGAAGUUGUAAGUGAUAUUGAAUCAGACUAUAGCGAAGGAAAUGAAGACAAUGAUGGUCUUCAAGAGAAUCAAUUACAUCGUAUACAUAUAGGCAACAAUUCGAAACGACCACGUCUCAGUUAUGAAAAACGUCUCGAAGCUAACGCUAGAGAACGAGAACGCGUUCAUAAUUUGACACAUGCAUUUGAAUCAUUGCGUCAAGUUAUCCCGAUGUAUCCAGAUCAACCGAAGCUGAGUAGAUUGAGUAUACUACGUAUUGCAUGCAGUUAUAUUCUAACACUUGGUGCAUUGAACGAAAUUGAUUUCAGUGAAGGACAGAACAAUUAUAGUUUCAGUGAAUGUUUCUAUAUGUUAUCGAAUACGAUUAUGUGUGAAUUAAAACGAAAAAAGUCAACAAAAGAUAAUUCAUGA